AUGUCAAGCGCGAAUAGUUACCUUAACCCAGCCAACGACGGAGAGGGUACAGCUGGAUGGCCGUUCUACUCAAACUUUCCCAAGAAAAUGAAGUUCGUUACUUGCAGGUUAUCUCUAAUUCCUGAACAAGUUCCUUCAACCGUCGAGGAAUGCGAAGAGCCUAGUGAAAGUAGUCAUGUCCUGUCAAUGGAGGAGAACACCGAUAGCCCACCCGUACGAAGGAGCCGUUUACAUUCGAUGUUCAGCGGAAUUCUUCGACGAAAAUCUAGAGACAUGACGAGUCCAAAGUCAGAUCCAGAACCAUCAUAG